CUUGUUCCCCCGCCAGCCGGCAGCUGUCACACAGCGGAGGCAGCCAGCAGCCGGUGCAAAGAGUGAGCCCACUCUGUCGUUUAGGAUGACUCACUGGAAUCUGGCAUUAAUUUCUCUUUUUCUGGUAGUGGACGGAGAACAACCAAAAAGCUACACUGGACUAGAUCAAGGGGAAGGAGGCAAGACACAUGACAAAAAUCAUAGAGUGAAAUAGCUGGAAGUCCACCCACUGGGAAAGGCUGGAUGGCAGAACCACUGUGCAAUGCUGCUGUAAAGAAAUGCAAACUUAAAGCAGGGACAGACUGACCCAGCUGGAUUGCCCCAGCUGUGAGAAGACAUGCUCCUUGAGACCCAGGAAACUAUGCCCCAGACGCCAAUAUUUUCCAGCAUGCUUGGUUCCAGUUGUAGUGGACAAGUGCAGCCUGAUAUGGGAGAAAGGUGUGGUGAUCCCGUUUAUCAGGAUGGAAACCUUGUUUCUGGUUCACUGGAGGCCUUGAUAGAGCGCCUAGUGCCUACUAUGGACUAUUAUCCAGAUAGGACCUACAUCUUCACUUUCCUGUUGAGCUCACGGGUCUUCAUUCACCCACAUGAGCUCCUGGCUAAAGUGGGGCAGAUCUGCAUUAAACAGAAGCAGCAGCUGGAAACGGGGGCUGAGGCAGAAAAGGCAAAGCUGAAAUCCUUUGCUGCCAAGAUCAUUCAGCUCCUAAAGGAAUGGACUGAAACUUUCCCCUAUGAUUUCCAAGAUGAAAAAUCUAUGAAAGAGUUGAAGGAGAUUGCUCACAGAAUCACACAAUGUGAUGAGGAAAAUGGAACAGUGAAAAAGAUCAUUAGCCAGAUGACACAGAAUCUCCUGAUGGCCCUCUCCGCACGGAGUCAGUACCAAGAAAUCAGAGAGAAAUUCCGGCAACCUGUUGCUGACAAAGGAACCAUCCUCAAAAAUAAGCCACAGUCAACUCAAAAGGACAUCCUGAGUGUGUGCUGUGACCCUCUGGUCUUGGCUCAGCAGCUGACCCAUAUUGAACUGGAAAGAGUGAGCAACAUUUACCCAGAGGACCUGAUGCAGAUUGUCAGCCACAUGGACUCCCUGGAUAAUCACAAGUGCCGAGGCGAUGUUACCAAAACCUACAAUUUGGAGGCCUAUGACAAUUGGUUCAACUGUCUCAGCAUGCUGGUGGCUACAGAAAUUUGUAGGGUUGUGAAGAAAAAGCAGCGUACAAGAAUGGUGGAAUUUUUUAUUGAUGUGGCAAGAGAAUGCUUCAAUAUUGGAAACUUUAACUCGAUGAUGGCUAUUAUCUCUGGCAUGAACUUGAGUCCUGUGGCACGGCUAAAGAAAACUUGGUCCAAGGUCAAAACAGCCAAAUUUGAUGUUUUAGAGCACCACAUGGAUCCAUCCAGCAACUUCUGUAAUUACCGCACAGCCCUGCAAGGAGCAGCACAGCGAUCUCAGACUGCCAACAGCAAUCGAGAGAAAAUUGUUAUCCCAGUUUUCAACCUAUUCAUUAAAGAUAUCUACUUUCUGCACAAAAUACAUACAAACCGCUUGCCCAAUGGGCAGAUAAACUUCAAGAAAUUCUGGGAAAUUUCAAGACAGAUUCAUGAUUUCAUGACAUGGAAGCAGGUCGAGUGCCCUUUUGAAAAGGAUAAGAAGAUCCAGAGUUAUCUGCUCACAGCACCCAUUUACAGUGAAGAAGCUUUGUUUAUUGCAUCCUUUGAAAGUGAAGGGCCAGAAAAUCACAUGGAAAAAGACAGCUGGAAAACACUGAGGACAACUCUGCUUAAUAGAGCCUGAGAUUUUGAGAUCUGAUCUGCAGACUUUGAAGCACACGGGAAGAACGUGUUUUUAAAACCUGAAGGACUUGGGUUGAGCUAAGAAAGACCUCACUGGCUGAGGUCUCUUUUGUAUAUAUAGUACCUUUUAUGACUAAAACGUGGUAAAUAUUUCACAUGUCAACCUUAAAGGCACUUAAGUGAAGGGUUUUGGUUUUUUAUUUUAAUACAAGGGCAGGGCCCUGUUCUCAGAGAUGAAGUGUAUCAUGGGAGAUGGUAUCCCUGGGGAGGUUUUAUUCUAUGGCAUCCAAAUUUUUAUUUUUCACUACUUCCACCAAAAAAGAAUUAAAACAUGCAUCUCAGCUACAGCCAGCGUUCAGAUUAAAUACUCCAUUGGACCAAUAACCUACAGAACACUCAAUACACUUCCUUGGCUUUGAAGUGAAGGGUCUCAUUCAAAUCAGUGAGGCUGUUCACAUGCAUGAUUAAGUGUUUGUAGAGUCAAGGCCCUAGACAUCUGCAGUAAGCAUGUCCCUCUCCUACAUCAGGAAAUAGUGCCUUAAAAGGUACUGACAUUGUUUAGUGUACCUUCUAUUACGCUGGACUGGAAGGAAAGAAAAUAAAAAUAUGGAUGUCUCAAAACCAGCUACAAUGUACUUUUUAAAUAAAAUGGAGGAUAUGGCACAUGAAGUAGAGUAUACCUGCCUGUAACAUUGAUGGUGCAGCAAACAUAUUUUUGUUACGUGAUUUAAAGAGGUGAGAUGGGGUAACUGCUGGGGGAUGUGCGUUUGUGUGCGUGUAUGUGUGCGUGCAUGUGUGAAGAUGCACGCAUGCCUAAGUUUUAAUACUCCUGGGAACUAUCCCUUAAGUUCUGGCUGUCAAAAUAGUUUGUGUUUUCCUUUUCUAAAAAUCAGGGAAUUUUUUUUUUAUUAUUACUAUUAAGAGAAGGAUGCCUAACCUAGAUUAUCUCUGCAAAACAGAUUUGAUGCGUUUUAUUCUCCAAAAAUUUGUUUGCAAAAAGUCAUGCAUGAGUUUAGGAGAGGGAACUAAACUCAGAUAUCAAAUUUGAAGCUAAGGCUAAGAUUUCCAAAGAAACUUAAGAAGAGUUGAAAUACUCCAGCUCCACUGAAUUGGGCCUUUAAUUCCCUUGGUUCCUUUAAAAACGCUAGUCUAUGCUAACAGACAAUUAAAACAAAGAACUUCUCACAUCAUAAACAUAUUCUAGUAUUCUGAAAGCCCUAAUUAAAAGCGCAGGCCAACACAUUGAAAUCUAUGGGAAAAACAUCACAGGAAUUAGAUCAAGCCUUUGAACCCAUAUCAGUAUCAGAGUUACAGAUGAUGUGUAAGCCCAGUUUCUAAUUUCUCCUUUUAAACCUCGAGGUUAUGGCUAAUUUGGCUAUCAUAAUAAGCAUAACUUAGAAUCUUAUAUUAAGAUGUAAGCUAUCCAUUUCCAGGAAAGAUUACACAUUUCAGGACUUCCUUCCUCUCCUCCUUUGAUCUCUGAGUUAGGAAAAAAGAAAAUAGGCUCAAAUUAAAAACUGUUUUGUUUAAUGAGCUAUUAGCCAUGAAUAUCCACUAUCCUUUCCAACAAUUCUUCUCUUAUGGCUUCAGGGUUGGAUAUCUAUAAAGAUAAUGAGUUGAUCCAGACAGUUUUAUCAGAGAAGAAUUUUUUUCAAAGCCCUCUAAAGCUUGAAAUGGUUACUGCCUCUUUACUAGAGCCUCACAGAGGACCUCUGUGCAAGCUUCUUUAAAAACUGCCAGUUCUGAGUAGGUGGGUUGCAGCCCUCUUUAAUAUAUCUUUUUCUGCCCUCUGUUGAAAGCAGGGGCAAGACUAGCUGGACCAAAGGUCUGGUUCGUUCCAGUCCCAUAGACUCUUCUCACUGAAGGCCUACAAUCAUGAGCAGUCCCGUUGGUUUCAUGUAGCAUUUGCAUUCACCAGGUAGUAAUCGUUUGCUGUGUGAGCCCUGCAGCAGAAUGAAAAUAAAAGAGCCUUCCCUCUCAGCCUUCCCACCCCCCUCCCUUGACAAACACUUAAAAUAAGAACAGUAAGCUAGGGUAAGGAAGGGGGGGGGGACAUUUUGCUAUUCCUGUAGAACAGAAAUCAAAGACAAACAAACAAAAACAUACUAGAUAAAUGCCAUGGAAAAGGAGAAGGAAUACUAACUGUUGACAAGAACAGCCCAGAAAAGGAGAGGGGAUAGUUCUUGUGAUCUGCUGCUAUUUUUCCUGUGCUGAAGUACUGACCUUCAGCCCCGGAUUAGAGUAAGAAUAUUUAUACUGUAUUAUUACAGUGUUUUGCACUUUCAGAGAUGUUCUAGCUAGUAACAUUGUCAGACACUAUAAAAGGGAUUGUAUAUCAGCUUUGUUUAUGUAAUUGAAAUUUAAAAGGGAUGCUUAAAAUUUAAGAAAAAAAAUUUAAGAAAAAAUAUAUAUUUGAAAUGCAAUUUUAGAACACUUUCUGUAAAUGUAUUAAAAAAAGCUUUCACAUGAAUGUGCACUUCACUGGUCAAUCAGUCCUAGUAUAUACUUGAAAUCAAUGCAGUAUCUACAUUGGUUCCUUUUUAUUUUUCUUCCCUCAGUUUAAUACAUUCCUUAGAUCUGUGGUUUGCUAUUCUGAGCUGAAAUGCUAAAUAUAAAGCUGUACCAUAAAGCAGGAUAUUCUGUGUUUGAUUGGAUGUGCUUGCGUUAAUAAACAAAAUAAAAAAAAGUUGUUUCAUCCAGG